CUUCAUAUCACGUAUUCGCCGGGAAAGAUGCUAGCAAAGGCCUCGGCAUGUCUAGUGUGAAACCAGAGGAUGCUGUUCCUGAUUAUUCUGGUUUGGAUGAGGCAGCUAUGAAGACAUUGGACGGAUGGUAUGAGUUCUUCCAAUGUAUCAAUAGCCAAAGUAUUCAAGUUGAAAUGAAACAGUUUCGCUUUAUGAUCAAUGCUUAUGGCUGCCUUCAAGGUCACCUGCUACAUUCUACGAAAGAGGGAUGCGCUAUUUAUCAUCCGGAAAAGGCAAUACAAGCACACCUAAGACCGAUUGAUAACCCCCACUGA